ACAAAACCUGCUUUAGAGAGAGAGGUCACAGGAUGCUGUCACAUGCGCUCAACAUGCGCUCAUGUACUAGCUUAUUGCAUCAGGCUUCCAUCACAAAGUCUGUUCUGUCAUGUGUCACCAUAUUGCAUCACACUCAUUCAUAUGUCUCAAAGAACAACUGAGAACAGUAUAUAAGGCACAAACAAAUAGCAUUCAGUGUCAGGUCGCCAGCGUUCCAGCAUACGCUAGCAUGUCAACUGUCCAUUACCGCUUGACCUGAUUGUUUCCUUUGCCUGUCAACAUCAAUAAAGUCCUGUGUCUGCGAUACGCAACUGGUUCCUCUGUCCUCUUCGUGACAGUAGGUCUGUGUUUCACAGGAAAGUGUUGACAGUCAAAGUAAAAAAACCACAUGCUGGUGCUUUUCUUUUAAACGGCCUGGUUUAGAAGGAAAGAAAGCGAGAGCAUGUUGUGACUUUAUACUUUUGAAACUAAAUACGUAUUAGUGCUUUUCAAUUAUUAAUUAAAAUGUAUGGAUUUAUUAAAAAAAAAAUUUUUUUUUUGCAGUCUAUGCAAACAUCUUUUCAGAUAAUCUUACAUUGAUCAUGAUCAAGGUAAUAAUUGCUCAACCGACUAAAGCACUUUAGAGAUGCUUGUUGACAAAAGCAGUAGUGUUUUACCUGAAGGAAGGCUCCAUUUUUGCUACUCCCUGACUAAGAAGUUUUUUAGGUAUAUUUAAUAUAUUUAUUUAGAUAGGCAAUGUGGAGUGGUAUUAAGACAAAUGUUAUUUUUUUGCAUUCCUGGAUAGCUAUUGAACCCCCUGUUCAAGGCGACAUCACAGUCCCUGCCUCAGACAAUUCUGCAGAUGCAGGAGCUGCUCCUCCAAUUGAAGAGCCUCCCAAGGCUCCUACACCCCCACCUCCUGCAGUUCCCACCAGUGCUCCAUUGGAAGUGUCUGUAGAGGACGUAAAUGACACGAGUCUUACCGUCAAGUGGAAAACGCCAGAGACCAUUGGGGAGUCUGGCCUGGAUGGAUACACUGUAGAGUACUGCAAGGAUGGAAGUUCAGACUGGGUGGUAGCGAAUGAGGAGCCAACCCCAGCUAACCGCUACUGCAUCAAGAAUUUGACUGCAGGUGACCUGCUGCUCGUGCGCGUGGUGGCCGUGAACCCUGGCGGCCGCAGCGUGCCGGGCGAGCUCGCCGAGGCUGUGCCAAUUCGUGAGGUGGUCGACCGGCCCAAGAUCAAAAUUCCUCGCCAGCUCCGCACGCGCUUUGUCAAGCAAGUGGGCGAGCAUAUCAACCUGGUCAUUCCGUUCCUUGGGAAGCCCAAACCUUCAGUGUCCUGGCUGAAGGACGGUCAGCCUUUGGAUCUAAAGAGGGUCAACAUCAGGAAUAGUGAGAAAGACAGCAUCCUAUUUAUUCGCAGUGCUCAAAGGGAGGACUCGGGUGUUUAUGAGAUGACGGUUAAGGUGGACAGCUUUGAAGACAAAGCCAGCAUCACCCUUCAAAUUGUUGAGCUGCCUGGUCCCCCUUGCAGUACAAAACUGGUGGACUGCUGGGGCUUCAAUGCUGCGCUUGAAUGGACCCCUCCUAAGGACAAUGGCAACACGGAGAUCACUGGCUACAUCGUGCAGAAAGCCGAUAAGAAGACUGGAGAAUGGUUCACUGUGUUGGAACACUAUCACAGGCUGACUGCCACCAUCACUGACCUCAUAAUGGGAAACUCAUAUGCCUUCAGAGUUUUUUCUGUCAACAAAGUGGGCGUUAGUGAGAAGAGUGCUGUCACCAAGGAUGUGGCCACAAUCCAGAAGACAGGUAUCAUUUACAAGCCACCCGAAUACCAGGAGCAUGACUUCAGCGAGGCGCCAAAAUUUACUACGCCGCUCAGCAACCGGGCUGCUACUGUUGGAUACACCACCAAGCUGUUGUGCUCUGUUCGUGGAAGCCCCAAGCCUAAGAUUGAAUGGCUGAAGAACCAGAUGGUCAUCGGUGAUGACCCCAAGUUUCGUCAGCUCUCCAACCAGGGCAUUUGUUCCUUGGAGAUCCGCAAGCCGUGCUGCUUUGACGGUGGCGUGUACACAUGCAGAGCUAAGAAUGCUCAAGGAGAAGCCACUGUUUCCUGCAAACUGGAGGUCAAACAGGUGAUUCUUUCGGCAGCUGAGAAGGAAAAGGGCAAGUAAAGCAACACCACACAGGGUGCCGGGAAGAAAGAUGAUGGUGCAACAUUGUACAUAAUGACGAAUCUGUCUCCAACCAACCUCACUGCAUCGUCCCAUUUUGUUAAAUCCUGAAUGAUAAUAUAGUUUGUUUUAUGUCAGGUUGAUUUUUUUUUUUGCCAUUUACAAUAAAUUAUAGUUUGUUAGACCACUCAAUAAAAAGCAUUUGUUUUUUCAAAAAGAGAUAGGUGUGAAAUAAAUAUUGCGUUUUAUGUAUGUUCAUUUCUCCAUAUGUUUUAAAAUGUCCCUAUAUUUUUUUUUGCCAAAGUAUGCAGUAUUUUGUGUUACAUCAUUUAAUUUUAUUCCCACAAAUGUCAAAUAAUGACAGUGAACUACUGACCAAACACUCUUAAACAGCAUUCAAAUCCACCAAGUUUAAAGUCCUCACCCAGCUGGCUACAGGGGCACAUAAUUCUUUUGACAUGACUGGAGAGGCAAGUACAGGUGUUUUAAAAUGACUUGGCCUGAGAGUGAAAAUCAUAUUUUGCAUGCCACAGUCGUGGCAGGUAAGGAAAGAUAUUUUUUUAUUUACAAUAACUUUGUCUAUUUUUGAUCAAUGGGUAUUGUGCACACAGUUGUUUCAACAAUAUUCAUGAUUGCAGUGUGCUGCAGUUUCAGCUAGUUUUGCAAAUACAGUAAACACUAUAAUUAUCCAUAAUUAUGAUUAUUGAAUUAUUAUAUAAUUAUCAGAAUUGUAAUUACAUUAUUGUUC